GAGCUGGCGGCGGCACCGGCGGGAGCGGCGGCGGCGAGGAGCCGGGGCGGCGGGGGGGCGGGAUAAUCAUGGGUCAGACCGGAAAAAAAUCUGAGAAGGGACCAAUUUGUUGGAGAAAACGUGUAAAAUCAGAAUAUAUGAGACUGAGGCAGCUCAAGAGGUUCCGACGUGCCGAUGAAGUAAAGAGUAUGUUUAAUUCUAAUCGUCAGAAGAUACUGGAAAGAACUGAAAUCUUAAAUCAAGAAUGGAAACAACGUAGGAUACAGCCUGUCCACAUCAUGACUUCUGUGAGCUCAUUGCGCGGGACCAGGGAGUGCUCUGUUACCAGUGACAUUGAUUUUCCAAAACAAGUCAUCCCACUGAAGACUCUCAAUGCUGUUGCUUCUGUGCCUAUAAUGUACUCUUGGUCUCCCCUUCAACAGAAUUUUAUGGUAGAGGAUGAAACUGUUUUACAUAACAUUCCAUAUAUGGGAGAUGAAGUGCUUGACCAGGAUGGUACUUUUAUUGAAGAACUGAUCAAGAAUUAUGAUGGGAAAGUGCAUGGAGACAGAGGUGAGCCCAAACACUCAGAAUGUGGAUUUAUCAAUGAUGAAAUAUUUGUUGAGUUGGUCAAUGCCCUUGGUCAAUAUAGUGAUGAUGAAGAUGAUGAUGAUGGAGAUGACAAUCCUGAUGAAAGAGAUGACAAGCAAAAAGAUCGGGAAGGUAACAGGAUGGAGAAAGAAACCCACCCACCUCGGAGAUUUCCUUCUGACAAGAUAUUUGAAGCCAUUUCCUCAAUGUUUCCAGACAAGGGUACAGCAGAAGAAUUGAAAGAGAAAUACAAAGAACUCACUGAACAGCAGCUUCCUGGAGCUCUUCCUCCUGAGUGCACACCGAACAUAGAUGGACCAAAUGCUAAAUCUGUUCAGAGGGAGCAAAGCCUGCACUCCUUUCACACACUCUUCUGUAGGCGCUGUUUUAAAUACGAUUGCUUCUUACAUCCAUUCCAUGCAACUCCCAAUACUUAUAAGCGAAAGAAUACAGAAACAGCAUUAGAUAAUAAGCCUUGUGGACCUCACUGUUAUCAGCAUCUGGAGGGUGCGAAGGAGUUUGCGGCCGCGCUGACGGCGGAGCGCAUCAAGACGCCGCCGAAGCGCCCUGGCGGGCGGCGGCGGGGCCGGCUGCCCAACAACACCAGCAGGCCCAGCACGCCCACCAUCAACGUGCUGGAGUCCAAGGACACCGACAGCGACCGCGAGGCCGGCACCGAAACCGGCGGGGAGAACAACGACAAGGAGGAGGAAGAAAAGAAAGAUGAAACUUCCAGUUCCUCUGAAGCAAAUUCUAGGUGUCAAACACCAAUAAAGAUGAAGCCAAAUAUUGAGCCUCCAGAGAAUGUGGAAUGGAGUGGUGCAGAAGCUUCAAUGUUUAGAGUCCUUAUUGGCACCUACUAUGACAACUUCUGUGCAAUUGCCAGAUUGAUUGGGACCAAAACGUGCAGACAGGUGUAUGAGUUUAGAGUAAAGGAAUCUAGUAUUAUUGCACCAGUCCCUGCUGAAGAUGUUGAUACUCCUCCCAGAAAGAAGAAAAGGAAACACAGGUUGUGGGCUGCUCAUUGCAGAAAGAUACAGCUGAAAAAGGAUGGGUCAUCGAAUCACGUUUACAACUAUCAGCCAUGUGAUCACCCACGUCAGCCUUGUGAUAGCUCAUGCCCAUGUGUAAUUGCUCAAAACUUCUGUGAGAAGUUUUGUCAGUGCAGCUCAGAAUGCCAAAAUCGUUUUCCUGGGUGUCGUUGUAAAGCACAGUGCAACACCAAGCAGUGUCCCUGUUACCUGGCUGUCCGAGAGUGUGACCCCGACCUCUGCCUCACCUGUGGAGCAGCUGACCACUGGGACAGCAAAAAUGUUUCCUGCAAGAACUGCAGCAUUCAGAGAGGAUCCAAAAAACACUUACUAUUGGCACCUUCAGAUGUGGCAGGCUGGGGAAUUUUUAUCAAAGAUCCUGUACAGAAGAAUGAAUUCAUCUCUGAAUACUGUGGUGAGAUUAUCUCUCAGGAUGAGGCAGACAGAAGAGGAAAAGUGUACGACAAAUACAUGUGCAGCUUUCUGUUUAACUUGAAUAAUGAUUUUGUGGUUGAUGCAACACGCAAGGGCAACAAAAUUAGAUUUGCAAACCAUUCAGUAAAUCCCAACUGCUAUGCAAAAGUUAUGAUGGUUAAUGGUGAUCACAGAAUAGGAAUAUUUGCUAAAAGAGCCAUUCAGACUGGUGAAGAACUGUUCUUUGACUACAGAUAUAGCCAAGCUGAUGCCCUUAAGUAUGUGGGCAUUGAAAGAGAAAUGGAAAUCCCUUGACACCAGCUACCUCUUCUUUUAAACAAACAGCUGCCUUAUCUUCAGGAAUUUCUAGUACUGUGGGCAAUUUUAGAAAAAUACAAAUGAUGCAAUUUGAAAUUCUGUAUUUGCAAAGUACUGUAACAGUAAUUUAUAGUAACGAAUUUUAAAAAACCAACUUUUUAUUGCCUUCUCACCAGCUGCAAAGUGUUUUGUACCUAGGAACUUUUGCAAUAAUGUGGUGUGGUACAUUUUUCAACCUUGAAUAAAGGAUACUUGAACUUC